GCGAACCGCCGAGGCCCUUUGCGGUGCUGGCAGGAGGAGCGGGGCCCCGCGGGGUUAGGGACCUGGUGGAGUGAGGCUGGUGGAGGAGUGGCCGCAAGUCCGGGAGGUUUCGUUUUGGAAAUGGGGCGCGGCCCCAGGUCCUGGCUUCGUGGAAACAAGAUGGGCGUUGACAAGUAAGGCUCAGAGAAGUCACUCAGGCAGCGGAGCUCGAUCUUGCGGUGAAAUGGCUUCUAGCUGGACUUCGGGUAGAAUUCCAAGGCAGACACGGGGCUGACUCGGGCCCUGACGUUGCCUGACCCUCUGCCUGGGGAGGGCAGGACAGGGAAGGGAGUUUGCCUUUGGCGAGCAGGGAAGCUAUGCAGACCAUGAAGAAAUGGACUCAGAGUCAUAAGGCAAAAGGUUUGCCUUCUAAUGAUACUGACCGGCUCCAGAAAACGGAGGGAAAGCCCGAAAUACUGGUACCAGUUACAUUCAGGGACGUGGCUGUGGUCUUCACACAGGCAGAAUGGAAGCUCCUGAGCUCUAAGCAGAGGAUCCUGUACAAAGAAGUGAUGCUGGAGAAUUACAGGAACCUGCUUUCGUUGGAAUCAAAGCCAGAAACAGACUCCUGUUCCUCUUGCCUUCUGGCCUUCUCCCAUCAGCCUCUCCUCAGCCAACAUGUACUUCCGAUCUUCUUGGACUUACGUGACUUCCAUCCAGGGGAUUCUGGCCCAGGGCAUCAGGAGCAGAAAUUUUCUUCUCAAAGCUGCUGGAGUGAAAACACAAAAGGUCAAGAGAGAGAAGGUGGCUUCAGAUCCUUGUCUGUGAGGACAGAGGAGAGAGAAACCUCAGGCGCUGUUCCCAGCCCACCCCGAAGACAAUCAGCAAGUCCUAGAGAAGGCAGCACAGUGGUAGAAAUAGAGCCCAAGCCAGCCCAGAGGGUACGCCCUGUGCAAACAGACAGAGGAGCAGAGUUAGGAACCCUGAGAUCCGGAAUAGGCAGCUGUAACGAGCAUGAACUAGACUGUAGUCUGAAAUCAAACUUUGCUGUAAACCAGGUGACCCUCUCAGAGGAGAAGCCCUAUGUUUGCAGGGAAUGUGGGCGAGGCUUUAACAAUAAGUCAAACCUCAACAGACACCAUCGGACACACUCAAUGGAGAAGCCUUAUGUGUGUGGUGACUGUGGCCGAGGCUUUAGCCUGAUGGCAAUCCUUGUUCAUCACCAGAGGACACACUCAGGAGAGAAGCCGUAUGUGUGCAAGGAGUGUGGGCGAGGCUUUAGCAAGAAGUCCAAUCUGAACAGACACACAGAAACCCAUUCGGAAGAGAAGCCUUAUUUGUGCAGGGAGUGUGGGCAGAGCUUUAGAAAUAAUUCAGUCCUCAUUAGACAUCAGUGGAUUCACUCUGGGGAGAAGCCCUAUGUGUGCCCGGAGUGUGGACGGGGAUUUGCUUACAAGUCCACCCUCAGAAAACACCAGAGGACUCAUUCAGGAGAGAAGCCCUAUAUAUGUCAGGAGUGUGGGCAUGGCUUCAGCGAGAAGUCAUCUUUCAUCAGACACCAGAGGACACACUCAGGGGAGAAACCCUUUGUGUGCCUGGAGUGUGGACGAGGAUUUGGUGAUAAGUCAACCCUCAGAAAACACCAGAGGACACACUCGGGAGAGAAGCCUUACACGUGCAGUGAGUGUGGCCGAAGCUUUACCCAGAAGUCAUUCCUCCUUAUUCACCAAGGGACACACUCAGGAGAGAAGCAUGUUUGCAGGGAGUGUGGGCGAAGCUUUAGCUACAAGUCAAAUCUCAUCAGGCACCAGAAGACACACUCAGACGUGAAGCCUUAUAUAUGUAGGGAGUGUGGGCGAGGCUUUUUCUAUAAGUCGGACCUCAUCAUACAUGAAAGGACGCACUCCGGGGAGAAGCCUUACGUGUGCAGUGAGUGUGGUCGAAGCUUUAGCCAGAAGUCAUUCCUCGUUAUUCACCAGGGGACACACUCAGGGAAGAAGCAUGUUUGCAGGGACUGUGGGCGAAGCUUUAGCUACAGGUCCAAUCUCAUCACACACCAGAGGAAACACUUGGCGAAAAGCAUGUUUCCAGGGAUCACGGACAAGACCCAGCAAUCAGUCAAAUCUCAUCUUACACCAGAGAGACACCUGGGGUCUGUGUGUGUGGAGUGAGUGUACCUUCGGGGAUGUGUUGACUCUCAUCAGGCACGGAGGACACAUUGAGCAGAGGAGCCUAAGUGUGGGUAACUCUAGCCACACACAAGUGGGAGGUGUUGUGUGUGCGGGGACUGUGGAUGAGGCGGUCGC